AUGGAAGCAUUUACUAAGGAAAAAUUUAUUUAUGAGUAUAACAACUUGUGUACUCAUCCUGACUAAGUAGUCAAGUAGAAAGCAAAUUUAUUUAUCAUGAACUUUUAGAAAUCAAAUGAAGCUUGGAGAGUAUGCAAAGAAUUAUUGGACACUAAAGAUUAGCAAAUUUAGUUUAUUGCUGCUUAAAUUAUUUUGAUGAAAACAAAACAAAACUUUCUUUAACUAAGCAACGAAGCAUAAUUAGAAUUAAGAGCAUUUCUUUUUAACUAAGUUGAGAAUAGAGAAGAUUUUAGCGUCCCUACACUUUAACGUUUAUGCUCUGCUUUAUCUGCAUUGGCUCUUGUUGGUCUAGGAUUCGGCAACUGGCAAACAUUAGUAGAAGAUUUGAUUCCAUUUAUGUAGAAAGGAAAAAAAUAGCUUUGGAUUGGAUUGCAAGUUAUGCAGAGUUUAGUAGAAAAUAAGGAUGAUAUGAUACUAGGAAAUAAUGUUGUUUCUAAUAUCAAGAAAAUCCUCAUUUAAAAAUCAAAUUCCGUUAUUGAAAUUUUCAAUUCACUGCUGACUCUUGAUGAUAUUGAUAUAGUAAAAAAAAGUUUGGAGUGCCUUGAAAGCUGGGCUGGAUUUGAAAUGAAGAUGCUUUAAAAUAAUACACUAGUUUCAAAUGUAAUAAAAAACGGAUAGAGAUAUACAUAACUUGUUUGUGAUAUUUUAAUAAAAAUGCUUAAAAAUUCUGAAAAUACAGAUCUAUUAGCUCGUAAUUAAUUGUCUGGCAGCAAUGAAAGCAUUCCUGAAUCAGAAUAUUUAAAUAUUCAAAAUAUAAUCAGAUUGAUCAAUGAAUUACCUCAAUCUAUUUAUACAUGCGAUUUAUUAAUUAAUCUCAUGCAAUAGUUCCCUAUUAUACUGCUAAAUAGCACUGAAAUGUGCCAAGGUCUUUUUAAUAUGUAUUUCUCUUUUCUUAACAGCAACGAGCCUAAGAUAUCAGCUAAUGCUAUUACAUACAUAGAAGAUUGGCUAAAUAAUAUCAAAUAAUACAGCCUUUAGAACAUUUAGCCUCAUUAUAUAGAAUUUUUCUCGCAAUCUUUAAAAAUACUGAUUGAAAAAUGCAAGAAGAAAAAAAUAGAUAAAAUAACAAAGGCUGAAAAACCUGUCAUAAUAAUUGAUACUGAAACAGGAGAAGAAACUCAUUACAAUCCAAAUGCAGAUGAAAGCGACGAUGAUCUAAAUCUUGAAGAAAAGAAAAUGACACUACAUGAAUACAGAGAGUCUUGCUAAGAUGCAUUCUACAAUAUUUUUAAAGCUCUCAGAGAUUUGCUAUAAGAGAAUGGUAUUUAAUAAGUUUAUGAAUAUAUUUUUUCAUUACUUGAUCCUUAAUCUUAUGUGAGUAUUGCUAAUGAGUAAACUCGCUUCGAAUAGUAUUGUUUAACAACAGAAGUAGCAAUUUAUGCAUCCAUUAAUUUUACUGAGCUUGAGUCUUAGCAUAAAAACAAUACUAAUAUUGAUAAAAUUAUAACAUUUAUUAUCACUUAAUUGCCUAUUUCUGACAUAACUGUCUAAACUGCUUUACAAUACAUUUACGAUGCUAGUCAUCAAUUUAAGAAUAACCCUAGUCUCUUUCACCCUACUAUAUAGUUUAUCCUUACUUAAUUUAAUAACCCAAAACUAAGCUCACAGGCUGCGGAGUCUUUAAGAUCAAUUAUAGAAUUAUCUGAAUCUCAUUCUCACUUUGAAUCUCUUCAGUUACUAGGAGAAUUCUUUACAAAGGCCUUUUAAAACUAAAACCUGAUUUCAUUCCCAACUCUUGAAUCUCUAAUCUAGGCUGUUUUAGUAUUUACUGUUAAACUCAAUAACGAAGAAUAAAAAAAGAAUGCAAUAUUUAGUUUCCUUUAAAUCUUUCAAAUUUAUUUAGAACAAGAAAACACCAAAGUCAUUGCUUAGACACUUAACAGGUAGGAUUUAGAAAGAUUGCUCGAUAUUAUGAAAAGCAUCUUUUAGGGAUUUGAUCUUCUUGAAAUAAAAUACAGAAAGACUUCGUAAAAGCUAGUUAGUUAAUUUGCAGCCUAAAAUUUGCAUAUUAUUGACAGUAUGUUCAAGUAAUUCUCAACUAUUCGCUUCAAAGCUUUCUAUGAGCGUUUUAUCACUUUAUAUGUCUUCAUUAUCAAGUCUUGUGGAAAAGAUCUUCCAGAUUAAUUUGUAAACUUUUUAAAUAUUUCUUUAGAAAUUUUCUAAUAGAAUCCAGUUAAAUAUUAUGCCUCUCUCAAAUUACUCAAUAAAUUAAUUGAAGAGCUCUCUUCUUAAAGCUAAGUAUUGCACAAUUGGUUAGUAACUAACUAUGGUGGCUUGAAUGUUUUAAUCUACAAUACUCUAAUAUCAGAUGCAAAGAACUAAGAUCCAGACUUAAUGAAAUACUAUUUCGAGCUAUGCAAAAAUAUGCAAUUACAUUUUGAAUAAAUUCUUUUGCAAACAAACUUUGAGCAAACACUUUAAUUUAUUUUCCACACCUUAACUCAUGUUGAAAACUUCAACAUGACUAGAGAAAUACUUAAAUUUUUAAGUUAAUUGGUACAAAAAAAUCAUACCAUAGACUACACAUAAAUCUUAGCUAACAUAGUUAAAGCUAUUAACUUACUUUAAAGAGUUCAAAUUAAUAAUCUCGCUUUGAUCCUUAUAUAAUCUAUCCUAAAAAACAAUAAUGAUCAAGUCUCUGCCCUAGUUAUUUAUUAAAAUCUUGAUCUACCUGAAUAAACUGAAGAUGAAAAAAAAUAUAUUGCAGAAGAAUUAUUAAAAGUAGCCAAAACUAAUAACUUGGCGAAUGUUAAAAAAGUAGCAACUGCUCUAUAUGCCUUAUCUUGCCACUAGUCGGAUAUGGAAGGAUUUAAACUUGAACUAUAAUUAAUGUAUAGAUGA